GCGAGUGCUUGAAGCACCCUAAGACUACAGCAAAGGCGACGGCGGUUGCGGCGGUAGCAGCUGCAGCCAUGCGGGGUCGCGUCUGCGGUUGCCCCGAGACGAGAAGGCCGGGAGUGGUGGCGCCGGAGGCGCUGCUGCACUACUAGGCCCCCAAGCAGGCCUCGCCACAACCCCCUUCGCUCCCUAUAACUACCUACCUUCUCAGAACCCCCCCCCCCCCCGUACCCACUGCCACACGAUGACGUCCAGCUGCCUGGACCUGAGCGCCAAGAUGGCGCCGUGCUUCAUGAGUCGCGACGACUCGCACUUCACGCCGCACGGCUCGCUCCAACAGCAGCACCAGCAGCAGCCCCACUGGGCGCGGGGCCACCGGCGCACCAAGAGCGCCGGCAACUAUGGGCCCCGAGACCUGAGCAUCUACACCACUAUGGGCCUGUACGCGCACCACGGCACCACGCUGCCGCCCCUCGCCCAGUCCGAGUCCACGCUGGCGCUGGCGCCGCUCUACGAGUGGCAGCAGCGGCACUACCAGCUAUCUGGGCUUGGUGGCAGCUCCUCGGGUCACCACCACCUGCACCACGUGCAUCACCAUCAUCCGCUGUCCGAGGUGACGUACAGCAGCGCCGCCGAGUUCGCCAGGGCGGGAGGAGAGCACCGCGGAGAACGCCUGCUCAGGCCGGACCUCGAUGAGGUGGACCCAAACUUACGAGAGUGUGGCAUCCUUGGCUGUCGGCCACGCUGGUUACAGUACUUUGCCAACAUACGAGUUUUUGUGUUUCUCUCAUGCCUGCUGGUUACCCUGCAGCAAGCGCUGUCCACUGGAUAUGUAAAUAGUGUAAUUACAACAAUUGAGAAGAGGUUUGAUAUCCCUAGUCGAGUGUCAGGAGCUAUUUCAAGUUCAUUUGAGAUUGGAAACCUGCUGACCAUUAUUUUUGUGAGCUACCUUGGGAGCCAUAGGCACAUUCCUGUUUGGAUUGGCAAAGGAACCAUUGUAAUGGCAAUCGGGUCUUUUGUCUUCUCGCUUCCGUACUUCAUGGACCAAUCUAACUCUCCAAGUAUUUAUAGGCUCAAUGUCACUCGCAUUGAGGAUGAAAACACAUGCCAAAUGCCCACAGCUGCCAUGGUGCCCGAACACACAAGCAGCCACUUCAUCAACCCGCCCCUGUCGCCCGACGCUGAGCAGAGCUGCAUUGAUGGCAGGUCUUCGAAUGCCUUGUAUAUUUUCAUAUUUAUGUGUGCCCAAAUCCUGAUCGGGUGCGGUGGGACACCCAUUUUUACUCUGGGAACAACCUACAUCGACGACCAUGUUCGGAAGGAGAGCUCUUCCAUGUACAUUGGCUGUAUGUACAGCACAGUGGCCUUCGGCCUGGUGGUGGGCUACCUGCUGGGUGGAUUCCUGCUGUCCCAGCACGAGAAUUCCUUCCUGGGUGGCACCGUGCCGCGAGGCAUCUUUCCUGGUGCCCCCCGGUGGAUCGGCGCCUGGUGGGCUGGAUUCGUCUUGUGCGGCAUCUUUCUCAUGCUGGUUGCAGUGCCUUUCUUCGCAUUCCCCAAAGCCCUGCAGAGAGAGAAAGCACGGCUAAAGCGUGACGAAGAGUACAUGAUGGGAGGAACCAAGAUGGUCACCGGCGUCAACCAGAAAGUGGAGGUCUGGAAACCCUCUGGAGCCGCAGACCCGCAUAGCGCGUCCUCUUCCGAGAUUCCUCAAAAGCAGAAAUAUGGCCGCGACAUCAAAGACAUCCCAGCAUCCAUGUGGCGCCUUCUGUGUAACCCCAUCUACAUGGUGACUUGCCUCGGCUCCUGCAUGGAGUUGGCCAUUGUCAGCGGCUUUGUAGUCUUCCUGCCCAAAUAUCUGGAGACGCAGUUCAACAUCGGCAAGUCACAAGCCAAUGUGUUCACAGGGGGCAUCGCUAUUCCCGGUGCCUGUGUUGGAAUAUUCUUGGGAGGCUACGUCCUGAAGAAGUUCCAGAUGAGACCAAAAGGGGCCAUUCAAUUCGUGCUCUGCUUCAACUUGCUGUGCAUGGGUCUCUACACGCUGCUGUACUUCUUAGGCUGUGAUAACAUCCGAAUGGCUGGGGCAACACUUCCUUACUUUAACAAUAGCAGUGAGCUGGACACGUUCCAAGUGAACUUGACGGCCGACUGCAACAUGGGCUGCCGCUGCUCGCCCAACGACAUCGAGCCUGUGUGCGGCCGCAACGGCAUCACGUACUUCUCGCCAUGCCACGCAGGCUGUCGGCCGGGCGCUGGCCACGGAUCACACCUGAACUACACAUCGUGUGCGUGCAUCGUGCCUAAUGUGACCAUGAACCCCGAAGUGACAGCCGUGCCACUGGCAACCAGCGGGCCAUGCCCGCAGCCGUGUUUGGCGUUCAUCCCGUUCAUGGUGCUACUGUUUGCCAUGACUCUAGUGGUCUCCAUCACACAGAUGCCACUGCUCAUGAUCAUACUGCGGUCUGUAGGAGAAGAAGAGCGGUCCUUUGCAUUGGGAAUGCAAUUUGUAAUAUUCAGGCUAUUUGGUUACAUCCCAGCGCCGAUAAUGUUUGGUAAUGUGAUAGACUCUUCGUGCAUCCUCCGAAAGGCCCACUGCGGCAAGCCGGGAGGCUUCUGCUUAGUCUACGACAUUGAGCAGUUUCGACUCAGGUACAUUGCCGUCUGCUCCGGACUCAAGGUGGCCGCGGGGCUACUGUUCUUCCUCGACUGGCUCCUGAUCACGUGGCGGCACAAGCGCGAACUCAAGGAGGCUCCACCCAUGACGGUCGGAGAAAUCGUCUCCUCGAUCAUCUCGCUAGACCGUCUCUCCGCGCUUGGCUGGGGUGAGGACGAGCAGAAGGAAGACGUCCUCCCGCUGGGGAACUGCGCAGAGGACAUCGCCGACGGCGGCAACGACAACACAGUCCACCAGGGUGAAGAGCACAACGAGAAGGAGCGCCACUGUCAGCCGCUGCUCAGGAACACCGCAGCUCAGCCGGGAACGUCGGAACUGGUCUGCUAGUAACUCGUCUAGUACGGUGUGUAACUUUGCGCAAGUCGCGUGUGACGAGUGCCGAGUCACCCCGGUAUGCACGUACGCAACAGGUCGACAAAUAAGGUUACAGGCUCUACCCUUGCCGACGCCGUAGAUGCUUCGACUGAAAUCACAACGAAAGCCGAGCUGGACUUGCCUGCAUGCACAUUUAAAAUGCCUUUUGGACAGGGAACAAAAAUGGUCGCUGCUCAGUUCAGCCAGGCCGUAUUGAAAUCUUCCAAGAAACCUGCCUCGGCGUUCAGAAAAGCAUACAAUAAGGUUGUUUGCUCAGCAUUCAACCCAUCUGUCAUGUGUAGGCAACUAGCCCCAGGUUCCGGGAUGAAAACAACCAUUUCCCGGCUCUUUUCGCCACAAGUUACAGACUCUGUAUAUGGUGUAGAUGCUGCACAUGCUUACGUCGGAGCUGUCAGGCCGCCAACGACGUCAAUAGUAACGGAGAAGAAUGUGCAUACUAAUGUCGUGGGCCUUGUUUCGGGGGCCUCUUCAAAACGACGAUAGCCACUGCAUCCCUAGUGGUUCGUGGCUGCUUCCAGAACUGCUGUUCACAACGUGUGCUGGUAAUAUGCAGACCUUAGAGUGCCUACAGUGCUUACCUGGGAGAUUCGAUGGCGUUUACGACACGACGAGUUCCGGACCACCGUCGCCCGUCGAAACCCGCAGCAAAACAAGUCCGCGUUGGAAGUGGCAGAUCAUGCCUGCAAUCACCUCUUCAGUUUUUUUUUUCUCUCUGCCUCAAAAUGAUUGUUUUUUAAAGUUAGCCUACCGAGAUUGUUUUGUCUUGCACAUGGUGGCUGUAGUGCUUGCUUGGCGCACAUCUCGUCACAGCGUCACAGUGUACAAAUAUUGUCAGGUGGAGAAAUUACCAGCAUGUCGGGAGUGAAACCAUUUCAUUUCUAGACGCAGGCUAUUUCUUUUUCUUCCUGUUCUUGUUCAAAUGGUCUCGCAUUUACAUAAUGUCUCUCUCUUUCCACAACACUGCAGUUCAUGUAAAGUUCUCGUCUCAUUUGUAAGCGUUGUUGUUGCUUUCUUUUUCAUCCGUUAAAGGGACGUUAAAAUACUGACACGAUUUAAGCUGGCAGAUUGUUAUUUUGAAAUUCUAAUCGUUCACAUUUUCCAACGGAGGACGAACUCCUCUCCUUGAAUUUAGCGCCCAAACUCGUUGCAUCGUGACAGUGCAUAUUUCAGAGUAGUUUUGUUUUUUGCUACUUGCACCUGUAAGCAGGAAGAUUCUCAGAAUUUACAAAGUUGUUUCUUCAUGUCUUCUAAUAUAGUUGGCUCAUUUUUACCAACACACAGUUGUCUAGGCCUAACCAGAUGCUACUACCAAAAUGCAUGAGGUUAACUUAGCCGGUUCAAAAAUUUCAAUAUGCCACCUCCAAAGUGAAAAACAAAAAUUUGGUGCAGCAAGCACGCUCGAAAUAUGAAAUGUGUGAUUGUCAAGUCUGGCAUUAAUGUUCCACUUGUCGUCCCUUUAAGGUCUCAAUUUCAUUUUGUCAUUGUCAAUGGCGCAUUAGUUCUGGCCGAAUUCUUCCGAGUCAUUUUGGCUGAACACUGGACGACAACACCAGCACUGAAUAAGUCACAAAAGUUCUGUAUCAUUUCAAAAUGAAGCUUUAAUUUCUGACUGCCUCGUGCCAUUCAUGAAAAGGAAGUUAUGGGCUUUCAUGGCACUCCUAAAACCGAGGAGUUCUUGUACUGCGCGUUGACACCUUACAGUCAGUAGCAUUAGUGUGGUUUAGGCUUGUGUUUGGUAACAUGUUUUUUUGUUCUUUUUUUUUUUUUCAAUUGGCCGAUGGCGGUGAUAAGAAAAAUGCUACAGCAACUGUGCAAUGUCUAAGCCAACAAGUAAAAUUAGAAAGAAGAAAAACCGAAAUGCAUCAUUACAAAAUUCAGUUCCCAAGUUCAGAGUUCUUCAUGCAAAGACGCGACAUGCAAAGACGCGACAACUGCACCAGCUAGUCUGAUGUCGUUGCCUUAUAAACGGUUACAAAUUUCAACACAGUGGGAGUGGGACUUUUUACCGGCUUUAGACAUGUCAAAUUGCACUAUCUAACUUUUUUUCCCCGUCUCUAGCCUAUCGUGUUGGCUGUACGAAGUGAUGUGGUUCAUGAAUUGCCACUCUCAUUACUUUAAUUUUUUUUUUAAUUUUCUCUGCUUCCUGGCAUGUUGUUCCAUUAUAGCCGAGAAGCAGUGCAGGUUUUUAAGUGGCUUCCAUUUUACCAAUUAUUCUCUUCCCUGGUUGAACAUUUUAUGCCUUUUACAGCUAAUCUUCCUAAAGGUGUUGUCUCGUUCUAAACGGUUCAGUGGACCAGAUAAACUGCCCAUGGUGUGCAUGUGUGUGGCAUAUCCCGCCAUUUGCUCUUAUCUUUCUUUUGCAUCUUGAUAACAGUCAUGAAGCUGUUUAGUCGAAUCUCGUCAUAACAACGUCACAAGCAAGAUGAAGAUAGCUUCAUUAUAUCACAUAUUUGCUAAAUUACAUACAUGUAAUCAGUAAAUAGGUAAGCAUUUGAGAUUAACCUCAUUAUAGUAUCUGAUCAUAUAUAUCAGUUAUUGUUAUAUCGAGUUUCGACUUAGCGUUCUUUUGUCAGUGGGUCACAUCUCAAGUAAGAACUAUGGAAACCUAAGAGCUUUUUUAAAUUUUUUUGUUUUCAGCUGUGGCAAUAGUGUUUAUUUUUUUUUGUGGCAUAAUAUGUGGAGUUCUUUAAUGUGACCAUUUUACUCUCUGCACUGUAAAUGACAAGUGUAAUGUUAGUGACACCAAAUACUUCACUCCGAAAUUCUUUUUUCACCUCCUUGGUGUGCAGUCUCCACACACUCUGUACUUUAAGUACUUUUUCUGUACUCUAAAUUUUCCUGUUGUUUUGUUGAUCAUCGUUCAGUAAGAUGUACUGAAAACUGCAUGCAAUGACAAGAAGUCUGCCAGUUGUUCAUUUCUCAGUCGCAGGCCAUGAGUGCCACAACAUCACACACGUCUAUUUUAACUUUUUGUUUUGAAAAUGCAUAUCUGCAUAGAAUUGCUGAAAUAAUACGCUACCAUCUUUAGUGAAAGCUUCGCCCUGAAAUACAUCUACAUAAAGAUUAGUAGCUAAGAGCUAAGAAAAAAAAUGUACUACAUGUAUGAAAAGGAGUAAGCUGCGUUCAGAAACCUGUGAUUAACUUAGCUUCGUGAAUUAACCAGAUAUUGUUGUAGAUGAGGCAAAUAUUUUUUUCUUGCAUUGUGUCUUGUUUUCACUAUCAGAAAAAGCAACCUCCACUUGUACUGAGAAGAUGGCAUUCUCUUUCAGUGUUACCAGAAAGUGCAGCGAUAACAAUUUUACUCCUGUAUUAAUGUUUCUUUUUUUGCAUAGCUCCACAAACUCCAUUAACGAUCACAGAAAGCCAUAACAAUUGAAAUCGUGGAGUUUCAUUGGCUGUAUGUACUGCAUGGGAUUGUGCAACCAACAUCACAAGGCUUGAUGAUUUGAAAGGCGAUUAUUACAGCAGUCAUUGAAAGCCCUAAGUUAUGCAAUUAUAUGGCUUGAUAUUAGUGAAUUCUAAUACCGUGUAUGUCACAUCCAUAAUGGCAGUGCACACCCAAAAACGCCAUGCUUCACAAUGUGUGCAUGUGCAGUACUUGUGCGAAAGUGGAUAAUGUGAAAUGUGGCAUUCUUGUGUACACAGCGCCGUUAUGAAUGCAACGUACGAUGAUGCGAUUUAAUGCAAACUCAACCUGAGAACUGUUUUACCAACAGAAUUAUCUUCCUUGUUUUAGCGAGAAGACUCUACCUUAUGAUCACUUUAUGGGCUGAAACUAACCUAAUGACUUGACGGAAUCUCAGCCGUCAGAGUGAGCAACAAUCCCGAAGACGUGUUCAAGUGCAUAUGUGAUACAGCAUGAAAUAUAUUGUCACAGGUGGCUCCUGCCUUUCAUCAUGUAUAUAGAUGUAUGUCAUAGAUGAGAUAUUUUGACAGAGCAAGAUUUAGGACUUUCUUCUAGCGUGUGAUCAGUUUGCGCACUGAGCCCCUUUCAUGAGAGGCAGAAAGGAGCCACAUGUUCUUGCAAAUAAUGGCAAUAUCUCUGUGCUGAGCACAAGAACGUAGUUUGUGUGCCUACCAGGUGCGCACAAAAGCAUCCUUCGUCUGUAGGUUCGAAAGGCGCUUAUGCCAGCAAUAGAGAAUUGAACACUCCACACAUUUGUGACGUUCAGUUCAAAUCGAGUGACUGUCAUUGCAGAGAAAGAUAGGCCUGCGAAGGCCUAUGUCAGUCCUGUGGUUGGACAAUGCUUGCUCCUCCACUUUCUGUGCUGGCCCUAUAUUGGAACGACAUCAGCAGGUAUACCUGCUUCUUUCUGUGUUCACAGGAAAGUGACAGAAUAGUGAAAGCACACUCUUCUGGGUGCACUGCAUUCAAUAUUUUUGUGCAGCACAUUAUUUUUAAUUGAAUAGAAAGAAAAAGAAGCAAGAAAAAAAAGUCUACAAUCAGCAUAGGCGUACAUUGAAUACACGUUAGAGGUAAUUUACACAAGUGUUAAAGUUAUGCAAAUGAGAGGUAGUGAGGGAGCAUUCACACUGUUGUACUAUUAGGAACAGGUUUCGUGUGCACAGGCUGUGAACGAAGACAAGCACGAGCCAGAGACAGUGUUUUGUAGUUAGUCUUUGGUUUGUGGGAACAGGAUAAUGACAAGAGAUGGUUACAACACAUACUUUAGAAAUUUCGCACUGCACUUCGAUCAUAUCAUUGAAAGUUACUAGUUCUUCCUUGUCUUGUGGUGUUUCGUAUUGGCGAGGGAACUGUAUGGAAGAACCUUGGCCUCGGCAAACUUCAUUGUACUCAUGGUUAUAUCUAGGAGAAACAGUCUCAGAUCAAGUAACCACAGGCCUGCAGUCUCACAUAGCGCGCUUUCUUGGUCAUAAUUAUUUGAUGAGUUGAAUAAAGUUUACAUAAGCUGAAAUGCACUCCUUUGCUUGUAUGAUGGUCCUGUGCUGAACCUUCAUAGAAGUGGAGCGUUCACCAUACACACUACGGUAUUAGUACCAGAACAUUUGGUUAGGUUCACGUAGUUGUUGCACAAAUGUUCUUGAAGCAAGCAUAUCUUUUCUGAAGAUACCAUAAACAAAGUUGACAAAUAUGAGAAGAGCAAAUUUACUUUGUUUUAAUUGCAUCACUUCAGCCUAAAGGUGUGAAGCACUUUCCUCCUGCCUUAUGAUCCAGUGCUUCUUUUUACUAAAGCAUGCAGUUAACAGGCACACUUCCGAUAACGACUUAGAUCACAUUAGCGAUAUUCUUCUGGUUUUGCCAGCUGCGUAUUGCAGCUAGGUUCUCGCUGUAUUGUACACCGUCCUUGGCGAGUGCUGUUUAGCAUGUUUAACACGAAAUUGUACGUGUUGCACACGACACUCUGGGCGGAUUCCAUUUUGGCUGUUUCUCCUUGUUCAGUGACCUCCUCGUGCAAAAAGCUCCGCAGAGGAAAAUCUACAACAGAAGCUGGCAUCAACAGGCAUCAACAAAGAGCUUUUAUUGCUAUGCACCAUCCAUUUUUUCAACAGUUUUAACAGACUGCAACAAGCGUGUUUUGUGGGAAACUAUUUUGAUAAUAAUAACUAAUGUUUCUGAAAUAAAGGACAUUGAACCAGCUGUUUAUGAACAACAGCUCGGGAUGUACUAAUUUGUCCGGUUAACAUGCCGGCAUAGGAGUCUUCAAAUUGUGCAGCAAAACUGCUGUCUGCAUUGUGUGCUCUUCAUUUUGUACAGUACAGUUUUUCAAAUUUAAGGGUUUGAAUCCCAAGGUUCGCUGGAAUACAUCGUAUAUUGUGCAGGCUUCCGAGUUUGGCCAUCGUGUGUAUUGCUAGAAAAAGGUUUCACAAUGGGCGACAUAGCGAAACUGACCUUUGUCAUUUAGGUCAAGUUAUGCAGGCAAACGCUACUUGUCUGUGAUGCAGAUUUGCAUGUUCGCUCGCACUCUCCCCCCAUUUCGCAUGCGUUGUACGCCUUGUUAUAUUGUAAAGUGAACGAGUUGCACUGUAGAGAUUUACUGCACGUGGUGUAACUUUGUUAUGACGUUGAAACUUCUGUGGUUUUAAUCUUUAUUUAUUUCUGCUGCUUCCUACAUAUGGGUGUGUAUCUAUCUAGGACAAUGAUGUCCUUACACUAGUAUUUAAGGUUCUUGAGAACGUUAGCAGCAUGCAAUUCUCCUCUUAUUAGGGAAGGAAUGAAUGGAGAAAAUAGGUGUCAUGUUCUUUUGGGGGGAUAAUUGUUACAAUGCAUCUGUGUCAUCAUUACAAGUGAAUCUCGGUGGAGCAUCACUGUGUAAUUUCUGCUUAUAUAAGAGAUGUUAUCCUCUAGCGCUUCACUAAUGAAUUCUUUUCGCUUAACUGAUACUGAGACCUUUAGACGUGUAGGUACUUUCUCUGAAACAGUGUACUAGCAUGUGUGGCUGUGCAUAUGCUGUUUCUCUUAAAAGAAGACUGCUGUUUUGUUGCUGUCGUGCAGUCCCACGAAAUUGUAUUGCCACUAUACACAUAGCUUUGCUGCAAAAUUACGCUGUGGCUUCGUGAGUUGUUGCAGUUUUCAUACCUUUUGUUUUUGUACAAGAAGCGUCAUGGCACAUUAAAAGCUGUAUUGUUUGAACAUAA